GUCGACCGCCCGAUUUCCUCGCGUUCGUCAUCACCAUACUGAUGAUGCUGUUAAUGGCCGCGGGCGUGAAGAAAUCGCUGGUGUUCAAUAAUGUAUUAAACGCCAUCAAUCUCGCCGUUUGGGUGUUCAUUAUGACGGCGGGGAUGUUCUACGUGGACAUUGAUAACUGGAACGAGCACGAUGGCUUCUUUCCCUACGAUUGGAGUGGUGUGUUCACCGGUGCAGCGACGUGCUUUUACGCGUUCAUCGGCUUCGACAUAAUAGCAACCACCGGCGAAGAAGCGACAAACCCAAAGAGGAGCAUCCCCCUCGCAAUAGUCUCCUCGUUGAUCAUAAUACUCAUCGCUUAUGUCACCAGCAGCAUGAUGCUGACGCUGAUCGUUCCAUACGACGAGGUGGAUCAAGAUUCAGCAUUGGUGGAAAUGUUUGGUCAAGUUGGAGCAUACAAGUGCAAAUAUAUUGUGGCAGUUGGUGCAUUAGCUGGAUUGUCUGUCUCCAUGUUUGGCAGUAUGUUCCCCAUGCCUAGGAUAGUCUAUGCCAUGGCUCAGGAUGGCCUUAUAUUCAGGAGUUUGAGCCAAGUGUGGCCAGCAACAGGUACCCCAGCCAUAGCAACACUGACUUCCGGUAUGUGUGCAGCCUUUGCUGCACUGCUCAUUCAAUUAGAAGUGUUGGUAGAGAUGAUGUCUAUCGGUACCUUGCUGGCUUACACCCUAGUGUCUACCUGUGUGUUGAUUCUACGCUAUCAACCUCAUUCUACAAACUUGGUAGAGUUACUACCACAAAGUUUAAGAACGCCCUGUCGAUCGCCAACUAAAGAAAAUCAAGGAAAUGGACAAGUGACUUAUGGGAAGGAGCUGAGACCUGAUCAGCUAACCACUGCACUGAAUUCUGUCCAGGCUGCUCAAUCUGAUCUUACUGCAGCAAAUAGUGGCCAACGUAUCAUGGUGAGAAGAGUUAGAAGAUGCAAUAGUUCUUCGCCAGAUUCAGACGACACUUAUGGCGCAGAAGAGGAUGAAGUUGGUCUGGGCAAAGAUGAUCAAUAUUUGGUCAGUGAUAGAACUGAAAAUAAAUUCUAUGGUAGCGUGCAUGCAGCUGCAGCUGCAUCCAGUUGUGGGAGUGCACAUCAGUAUCCAGGAAACACGCCAAUAAUUGGACCACCUUUGAAUUACCUCCAACGUCGAUUGCAGGCAGCACAGUAUCUCUGUCCUGCCAUCUUUCCCUGGGUGGACAGAGGCCCAGCGACGGAAGCUUCAGGUCGCUACGUCAUGAAACUAGUCGGCGUGCUCUAUUUGCUGAUUGUCAUUUUCGAUUUGAUUAUAGUUUGUGGCAUGGAAAUAGCGUGAUGUUCAUGACACCGGGACUCCCAUUCGUACCUGCGAUUGCCGUCACCGUAAACAUAUACCUCAUCUUCAAGCUGAGCAUCCUGACUCUCGUCAGAUUCACUCUCUGGAUGAUCCUCGGUUUCAUCAUGUACUUCUACUACGGCAUUAAGCACAGCAGUCUAGAAGAGGGAAGCACCUCGGACAACCUUGAGGAGACCGUGUCAGCCGGGAAUAUCGAGCUGACAGUGACAGACACGCAGAAACAACAACCGCAACAAACGCAUCCGUCGUACACGACGACCGACCGCAGUAUCUACGAGGGCCAGCAAUUGGAUGCGUUUGGACAGCCUGUGUUUGGCAGCACGAACUUCGGUGGAACACCAAGCCAGAGGCCGGCAACCGCCAAUCAAUCGUCGUUGUUCGUCGAGCAGGAUAAUUUCCCCACUUGGGACGAU